GAGCCGGGCUCCGAGCCGCAGAGCCGCCGCGCGGGCACGGUCCCUCGGCCGCACGGGCGGCAGCGGCUCCUCCGAGGCGCGAGGCGGAGGGGGAGCGGCCCACGUCGCGAGCUCGCGAGGCGGCGCGGGGCGGCGGGAGCGACGCUCGCCGCGCGGAGGACGCAGGCGGCGGGCGGGCUUCGAGGGCGCAGCGCGGCCCCGCGUGAGGGAGCCGAGGCGGCCCCGGGCCCCUGCGGCACGGCGCGGCGCGACACGGCACGGCGACGGCCGCGAGCCCCCCUCGCCGCCCGUCCGCCCCUCCCUCCCUGGCUCGCUCGCUCGCUCGCUCGCUCCCGGGCGCAACAUGGCUGCGGCCGCCGCCUCCGCCUCCCAGGACGAGCUGAAUUCUUUAUACAAUUGCAUAUGUACGAGUGGAUGAACAUACCAUUGGUGAUCCAGAGGAUUUUUGUCAAGAUUGGAUAAACCAUGUAUCACAUUGAUUGUAGAGAUCAGCUCGAACGGGUCUUUUUACGACUUGGCCAUGCUGAAACAGAUGAACAGUUACAAAAUAUUAUAUCUAAAUUCCUUCCUCCUGUUUUGCUCAAACUGUCCAGCACUCAAGAAGGAGUACGGAAAAAGGUAAUGGAACUGCUGGUCCAUCUGAACAAACGUAUAAAAAGCCGCCCCAAAAUACAACUCCCAGUAGAGACACUGUUGGUUCAGUACCAGGACCCUGCUGCAGUCUCCUUUGUCACGAAUUUCACUAUAAUUUAUGUUAAGAUGGGCUACCCUCGCCUGCCAGUGGAAAAACAAUGUGAAUUGGCCCCUACGCUUCUUACUGCCAUGGAAGGGAAGCCUCAGCCACAGCAGGAUAGCUUAAUGCAUCUUUUAAUACCAACCCUUUUUCACAUGAAAUACCCAGCUGAAUCAUCAAAAUCAGCUUCUCCUUUUAAUCUUGCUGAGAAACCAAAGACUGUGCAGCUGCUUUUGGACUUUAUGCUAGAUGUCCUUCUGAUGCCUUAUGGAUAUGUGUUAAAUGAAUCCCAGAGUCGCCAAAAUUCAUCUUCAUCACAGGGUUCUUCUUCAAACAGUGGGGGAGGUUCUGGAAUCCCACAACCUCCCCCAGGAAUGAGCUUUUAUGCAGCUAAACGAGUUAUUGGUGAUAACCCAUGGACGCCGGAACAGUUGGAACAGUGCAAAUUGGGCAUAGUGAAAUUUAUAGAAGCUGAACAGGUGCCUGAACUGGAAGCUGUUCUCCACCUGGUGAUUGCUUCUAGCGAUACACGCCAUAGUGUGGCCACAGCAGCAGACCUGGAAUUGAAAAGCAAACAGAGUUUAAUUGACUGGAAUAACCCGGCCAUCAUUAAUAAGAUGUACAAGGUAUACCUUGGGGACAUACCACUGAAGACAAAAGAGGGAGCAGUUCUAAAGCCAGAACUGAAAAGAGACCCGGUCAGUACCAGAGUGAAGUUAAAGAUUGUCCCUCACCUCCUUCGUUCUAGACAAGCUGCUGAAACAUUCCCAGCUAACAUUCAGGUGGUGUAUGAUGGACUCUUUGGUACAAAUACAAAUUCAAAGUUAAGAACAUUGUCCCUGCAAUUUGUACAUCACAUUUGUAUAACCUGCCCAGAAAUCAAGAUUAAGCCUCUAGGCCCUAUGCUUUUGAAUGGUCUCACUAAGUUGAUAAAUGAGUAUAAAGAGGACCCUAAAUUGUUGUCAAUGGCAUAUUCAGCUGUUGGAAAACUCUCCAGUCGAAUGCCCCAUUUAUUCACUAAGGAUAUAGCUCUUGUGCAACAGCUUUUUGAAGCCCUGUGUAAGGAAGAACCCGAGACUCGACUUGCCAUUCAGGAAGCCUUAUCUAUGAUGGUUGGAGCAUAUAGUACCUUAGAAGGAGCACAGAGAACUUUAAUGGAGGCACUUGUAGCUUCAUAUUUAAUAAAGCCUGAAGUUCAAGUUCGGCAAGUUGCAGUGAAAUUUGCUAGCACAGUGUUUCCUUCAGAUCAUAUACCUUCCAGAUAUUUGCUCCUACUGGCUGCAGGAGACCCACGAGAAGAAGUCCAUGGUGAAGCACAACGUGUGUUACGAUGUCUUCCUGGUAGAAACAAAAAGGAAAGUGCUUCUAAGCAGAUGCCAUCUUUUCCAGAAAUGGUAUAUUACAUUCAGGAAAAGGCUUCCCAUCGGAUGAAAACUCCAGUCAAAUACAUGACCGGAACCACUGUCCUUCCAUUUAAUCCAGCAGCAUUUGGAGAGAUAGUUCUUUACUUGCGCAUGUGCCUGGCUCAUAGUGCAGGUGUGGUGCCCACCUCUCAGAGUUUGGCUGAUAUGCAAGAUCAUGCUCCAGCUAUUGGACGGUACAUUCGGACGUUAAUGUCAAGCAAUCAGGCGACAGCUUCAUCUUCUAAGAGUGGAGAAACCAACCCUGUUCAAAUCUAUAUCGGCCUGCUUCAACAGCUGUUAGCAGGUGUUGGAGGUUUGCCAGUCAUGUACUGUUUAUUGGAAGCUGUGUCAGUGUAUCCAGAAAAAUUGGCCACCAAAUUUGUAGACAAAACAGAAUGGAUCAAGAGUCUGAUGAGUAGCAGUAAAGAAGAAAUGCGUGAAUUGGCGGCCUUGUUUUACUCUGUGGUUGUGUCAACAGUAUCUGGAAAUGAAUUAAAGUCAAUGAUAGAACAACUUAUAAAGGCUACAAAAGACAAUCAUAGCCCUGAGGUACAGCAUGGAUCUUUGCUUGCAUUGGGAUUCACUGUGGGAAGAUACUUGGCUAAGAAGAGGAUGAGAGCAGCAGAGCAGCAUGACCUGGAGACAGAUGCUGGUCUCUUGCCUGAGCAGGAGGAGCUCAUUCGGAGCGCUACGGAAACAAUAGGUUCAUUUUUAGACAGUACAUCACCUCUGUUGGCAAUUGCUGCCUGUACAGCCCUGGGUGAAAUUGGCAGAAAUGGUCCUCUCCCGAUCCCCAGUGAAGGAUCUGGAUUUACCAAACUUCAUCUGGUAGAAAGCUUACUCAAUAGAAUCCCUUCCAGUAAAGAAACAAAUAAGAUGAAAGAACGAGCAAUCCAAACAUUGGGCUAUUUUCCAGUUGGAGAUGGGGAUUUUCCCCAUCAGAAACUCCUUUUGCAAGGUCUGAUGGAUUCUGUGGAGGCCAAGCAGAUAGAACUUCAGUUUACCAUUGGUGAAGCCAUCACCAGUGCUGCAAUAGGAACCAACUCUGUGGCUGCCCGAGAUGCCUGGCUGGUGACUGAAGAAGAAUAUACACCCCCUGCUGGUGCCAAAGUGAAUGAUGUUGUCCCUUGGGUUUUAGAAGUUAUUUUAAGUAAGCAUAUUAUCAGCCCCAACCCACAUGUGAGGCAAGCUGCCUGCAUCUGGCUCCUUUCUCUUGUGAGGAAGCUAAGUACCCAUGUAGAAGUGAAGUCUCAUCUUAAAGAAAUUCAGAGUGCAUUUGUUUCAGUUCUGUCAGAAAAUGACGAACUCAGCCAAGAUGUUGCCUCAAAAGGGCUUGGAUUGGUUUAUGAGCUGGGCAAUGAACAAGAUCAACAAGAAUUGGUGUCUACACUUGUAGAAACACUUAUGACUGGCAAAAGAGCUAAACAUGAAGUUUCUGGAGAGACUGUGGUAUUUCAAGGGGGAGGCCUUGGCAAAACACCUGAUGGCCAGGGCCUUUCUACUUACAAGGAACUUUGUUCUCUGGCAAGUGAUCUCAGUCAGCCAGAUCUGGUAUAUAAAUUUAUGAAUCUGGCAAAUCAUCAUGCAAUGUGGAACUCCAGGAAGGGUGCUGCUUUUGGUUUUAAUGUAAUUGCUACCAGAGCUGGAGAACAACUGGCUCCUUUUCUGCCUCAGCUAGUUCCUCGACUUUACCGUUACCAGUUUGAUCCCAAUCUUGGAAUUCGACAGGCUAUGACAAGUAUUUGGAAUGCAUUGGUCACUGACAAAUCAAUGGUGGAUAAGUAUUUGAAAGAAAUUCUUCAAGAUUUGAUUAAAAACCUUACCAGCAACAUGUGGCGUGUUCGAGAAUCCAGCUGUUUAGCUUUGAAUGAUUUAUUGAGAGGAAGACCUUUAGAUGACGUCAUUGACAAACUUCCAGAAAUGUGGGAAACACUUUUUAGAGUACAAGAUGAUAUUAAGGAGUCUGUACGGAAAGCAGCGGAACUAGCUCUGAAAACUCUGAGCAAGGUUUGUGUGAAAAUGUGUGACCCUGCCAAAGGAGCAGCUGGCCAGAGAACCAUUGCUGUCCUCCUGCCCUGCCUUCUGGACAAAGGAAUGAUGAGUCCUGUGACGGAAGUCCGAGCCCUCAGCAUUAACACCCUUGUGAAGAUCAGCAAAAGUGCAGGAGCCAUGUUGAAACCACAUGCACCCAAACUCAUCCCAGCGCUGCUAGAGUCCUUAAGUGUGUUGGAGCCUCAAGUUCUCAAUUAUCUGAGUCUCCGUGCCACGGAGCAAGAAAAGGCUGCAAUGGACAGUGCUCGCCUCAGUGCUGCCAAGUCCUCUCCCAUGAUGGAGACAAUCAACAUGUGCCUGCAAUAUCUUGAUGUUUCGGUGCUGGGCGAGCUAGUUCCUAGGUUAUGUGAACUGAUCAGAAGUGGUGUAGGUCUUGGAACUAAGGGAGGCUGUGCCAGUGUCAUUGUGUCUUUAACUACUCAGUGUCCCCAGGACCUAACACCUUACUCAGGUAAACUUAUGAGUGCUUUGCUUAGUGGUCUGACAGAUCGGAACAGUGUAAUUCAGAAAUCCUGUGCAUUUGCCAUGGGCCAUUUAGUUCGGACUUCACGGGACAGCAGCACUGAAAAGCUGCUGCAGAAGCUCAGUGGCUGGUAUAUGGAGAAAGAAGAACCUAUCUACAAGACCUCUUGUGCUCUGACUGUUCAUGCAAUUGGAAGAUACAGUCCUGAUGUACUGAAGAACCAUGCCAAAGAAGUUCUGCCCUUGGCAUUUCUAGGCAUGCAUGAAAUUGCUGAUGAGGAGAAAUCUGAAAAAGAAGAGUGUAACUUGUGGACUGAAGUGUGGCAGGAAAAUGUACCUGGCUCCUUUGGAGGUAUUCGAUUAUACCUGCAGGAGUUGAUUACUAUUACCCAGAAGGCUUUACAGUCACAGUCUUGGAAAAUGAAAGCCCAGGGUGCAAUUGCUAUGGCAUCAAUCGCAAAACAAACAAGCUCUCUGGUACCUCCAUAUCUGGGAAUGAUACUGAGUGCUUUGGUGCAAGGCCUGGCUGGAAGAACAUGGGCAGGAAAGGAAGAACUACUAAAAGCCAUUGCCUGUGUGGUGACAGCUUGCAGUACAGAGUUGGAAAAGUCUGUGCCAAAUCAACCCACCCCAAAUGAAAUUCUUCAGGCUGUCUUGAAGGAGUGUUGCAAAGAGAAUCUCAAAUACAAGAUUGUAGCAAUCAGCUGUGCAGCUGAUGUUUUGAAAGCCACCAAAGAAGACAGAUUCCGGGAAUUUUCUGACAUUGUCAUACCCCUCAUCAAGAAGAACUCACUUGAAAGCAUGGGCGUCCGGAGCAGCAAAGCUGAAGAUGAAAGUGAUAAGGAAAGAGAGCUGCAGCUGGAGUCUCUGCUGGGCGCCUUCGAGAGCCUGGGCAAAGCAUGGCCCAGAAACCCAGAAACUCAACGUUGUUAUCGUCAGGAGCUGUGCAAACUGAUGUGUGAACAGCUAAGACUCAGCACGUGGAAAGUGCAGCUAGGUGUACUCCAGUCGAUGAACGCCUUUUUCCAGGGGUUAAUGCUUUUGGAAGAAGAACAUGCAGAUUCUGAAGCUCUGGCUGAAAUUCUUCUUGAAACUUGUAAAUCAAUUACUUAUUCUUUAGAAAAUAAGACUUACUCAUCUGUGAGAACAGAAGCUUUAUCUGUGGUAGAAUUACUGCUUAAGAAACUUGAAGAAGCUAAACAGUGGGAAAGUUUGACAGCAGAAUGCAGAAGACUCUUGGUUGAGUCUUUAGCUACUAUGGAGACAGACAACAGACCUGAGCUGCAGGAGAAAGCCUCAGUAUUGAAGAAAACACUUGAAAGUCUGGAAUGAAUGAGAAUGGGAAGAAACAAACAAGUGCCAUGUUCUUUUGGGUUUGGAAGUUUGGAAAUGGUGAUAUUCUUUAAAAACCAAGUGGGGGGAAGUAAAGAUUAUUCUGUAGCAUGCAUCAUUCCUUGGCUGAAAUAAAAAAAAAAAAGCCUUAAAUUUUGCUCCUUUAUUAGCUUUAUUUUACUUGUCUUUAAAGUAUGUGGGCUACGUGAGCUUAAUAGAACUUGGGUUUUCAAAAGGUAGUUGUAUAUAAGCCUGCCAGCCGUCAUUGCUAAAAGAACCGAAACUAUUAUAAAUGAAAUAUAGGGCAAGCUGGAUUAAAAUCUCAGAGCUACGUCCAAGCUGAAGUUACUGCAGGAAGGGGUUCUGUAAGUCACUCGAUUUAUGCACACUUCUUACAUACCCGAAGUAAUAGGAUUGGGGAAGACAGCUUCCUUUCCGAGGCUGGGAUCAGAGUUUAAUUUUCUGUCCUGGAUACUUUUCUCAACCUGAUACCAAACCAGUGUUUACCUUGCCCUACCCUAGAAAUUCCCAAAGGGAGGUACAUUUAGGAUGUCAUACAACAGAUAUGUUACAUAUAUGGUAUAUAUAUAUAUAUAACAUACCAGAGCUAAACUGACCUCUUACCACUGGGCUCUUGAAAGUCAGAUGCUGCACAUUUCCUUGUGUAGGAAGUCAGUUUUUAGGAAGUGGCUGUUCAGCAUGUUUAUAGGUUGGCAAUAAUUUGGGUUCCAUAAAAUUCUGAUGGAAGUCCUUUCACUGGGAUAUGAAAAUAGAUGGGAACAAGAUUGUUCUUCUGUCUGUAUUUGUGAUUAUGGAGUUUUCCAAAAUCUAAAACAACAGUAAAAUUUAGAGACUGCCUUGAUUUAGACCACUUAAAAUCUCAGAGUUGUAACGGUAACAUUUCCCACGACAUUAUUGUCAUGUGUACAAUGUGGCAGGGCAGAUAGAAAGCCUUUCGUUUAGCUGGCUAAGAAUUUCUCUUUCUUAAAUGCCCUUUCUCGAAUUGCCAUGAGGAAAACUGCUGCCAGGGUCUUUCCCUGCUUCCUGCUGCUCCUGCCCUACUGAAGGGUGCAGAGUUGUAAGUAUUUAUGGUAAGCUGAAAACUGGCUUGUCUUGUUCUGGAGCACAAAAUUGACUUACACUUUUAGUACUGUCCCUUUGAUGACAUCAACAUGGAAUCUGUGUUCGAUAUUUUUGGUGGAAAUUCCAUCUUUAUUAUUUUGGUAUUCUCCAGACCAGUGUAUUUAAAAUAUUUUUAACUGUGACUCACAAUGAAAAUAACCUUUUACAUCAUGACCCAGAAUGUGUGUGUGUGUGUACGCGUGUUUAUGUAUGUUUGAGUGUAAAAUCUUUAACUGAAAUAAAUAUUUCAUGAAGAAGUAGUUGCUAAGUUUGCUAAACUCCAUCUCUCUCUGUCUCACGGCUGUAAGUGUUCUUCAGACUCACUAGAUUCAUAUCUGUUCACGAUGGAACAAUACUGUCGUUGAUAGUACCUAAACUGUUACUGUGUUUGAGAUUGUUUCCGAUUGGUUCAGUGCCCACUCAGUAUCGUCUUUGCUGAUACUGGGCUGUGCUGGUGAGUUCACAGAACAUCGUGAAUUUUAAGGGAUCUAUUGUAGAAUUGCAUUUAAGAAUGGAUUUUGUUUUAGAGAAAAACAAAUGGCUUCAAAUGUUUCUCAGAACACUAGCCUCUCAGGACUCGGUGAUUUUGAGUCAGUAUUGGAUGCACUAAGGACCUAUCUGGCUUUUCCUUUGUAGUAUCCAGGGUACUUCUUGGCAGGAGUACAAUGCAGGUGAGGUGUGUCGAAGGUGAGAGUGUAAGGGUAAGAGUGAAGUUCUUGGUCUGUAGCAAAUAUUGAAACCUCAUCAAAUUUUAUGCUUUUAAAGCUUUCUGUUAUUUGAUACUGGGGAUUUCCCUUGGUGCUGAGAGUGGUGCUAAGAUGCUGAACCUUAGUGCUGUUGAAUUGCAUUCUUUCCUUUCCUGAGCACACUUCUAAUUUACACUGAUGCCUUCAUGUUUGCCAUCCGGAACAUGUUCACAGCUAGUAAUGUGCGUUCCUGUUUCAAAUGCGCUUUGUAGUUGGAAUACAUUUUUUUUUAUUUUAAAAGGUUAAUAACCAGGACUUUGUAAUUGUGAAAUGUUGGUACUGGUGACCAAGUGAUAAUAGUACAUUCAUAUAUCAUCAGUCUUUAUGUGCAAAAGCAAUCUUGAACAGGUUUGAUUUUUCUCUAUAUAUUCACUUGUAUUUGCCACACAGAUAACUAAUUUGUAGGACCUGUUCCUUAUUCCUGCCAUUAGUUCACUAACUAAAUCUUUAUUGAUAAGUGAAAAGGAGAUGUUUGAAAUAUGGCAGUUGGAUUAAACAUGAAAAUGAUCUAUGGUUUUGGUGGUCAAGACCAGCUGUUUCAUUGAAUGUUUGCACCCAAUUUACAGUUCCCAGGGGAUCUUGUCUACAACAUAGUCCACCCACAUAAGGGGGACUGCUGUGAAAUCCCCAUGGCUUCGCCCUUCUAUUUUUAAAAAACUCAUGUAUUAACCAGCAAGAAAAAGACUAAAGAUGUGACCUCACUGGUUGGUGCUCUGUCAGCGGUUGUGCUGUAUGAGCCCUCCCUGCCCUCGUGGAGCAUUUCUGCCUGCUGCUGUCCCGGUAUAUCCAUGCUGCUUGUUACAUUCAGGGAGGUAUUUUGACAUUGGCACUUACUGAACUGUGCAAUUUGUCAUUAAAUGGAUGUAUAUGUAACAGAUUUUUGUAUUUUAUAUGUAACUUCCUCAUAGAUCCUCUGCAAUAUGUACUUUAGCUACCUAAGCAUGAAAUAGACUUAUUUGAAAGGAAGACCUCACCUACACCCCAAAGAUAUUAAAUGGUAAAUAAAAGCUGCAUGACUUGGUGUUUGGAAGUA